CUCCAACGGUUCUCGUGAUCGGAUCAUGAAUGAUCGCUUCUUAAUUGCCUCGCGAGGCGCGCUCUUCUAAAUAGUUCAUGCUUGUCUUUCCUUUUGAUGUCCUUAGGCGUUGAUGGUUUUCAGUCCUGUCGUUCGUUUCCCUACCUCAAUGUAACCCCUCUCGUACAAUUGGGAACCAGAUGUCUAUCUGAACCUAUUUUUUUUAUCAAGCGCUCCUUUCCUUGCGAAAAGACGUCAAAAAUUGAACAAGGCUGUCUCUAAGAAACGUGUUUAGUCCUUCGGUUACACUGUGACUCUUUCCUUCCAAAUUAUGGCGCACAAGACAUCCAAGUCCAAGCAUUCGUCGAGACAUCACCAUGGAAAGAAAUCCAAGUCGAGUACACAAUCUAAGUCGAGGGCAACGGCAGCAACAGCAACUCCGAUUCUUCACCACACCCAGUCAAUCCGUCUACAACCGCAGCCGAGUCUACCAGUUCUACCGAUCCGAACCGCAUCGACACCGAAGUCACCACCUCCUUGCUAUCAUUCCACACAAGCAGGCUAUCCUCGGGCAGUAAAUCUCCCCCAACGCUACCCUCCUACCCAUCCGCCGGCACCCCACUGGGCAUCAACAACGAAUCUAGCAAUGUUACGUCCUCAGACUCACCCACCAGUUCGUCAGGGCCAUCGUCCUCCAGAUCAAAGAAAGGUCAAAUGGUCAGACCGACUACACCUGCCCUCCACUGUGGCGAGGCCGCUCCACGCCGCAUCUGCGUCCGUAAGCAAUCUACAGGACACUGUACGGGGUCUGAAUGAUGGCGCGAAUGAUGUAUUGAACCAGCGAGGGGCGGGGUAUGUGGGACGAGCGGCGGGGAUAUAUGAGCUAUGUGCACAGUAUCUCGACGAUAUCAUCACGCAAAUCGAUGGGGAGGUCUUGGGUACUGAAACUGGACGACCAACGAAUACUCAAACAGCGUAUCAUCCAAAUCCGCAGUGGCAGCAAUCGAUGCCAUAUCUUCCACCACCACCGCAACCAUACGCUCCUGCAGCCCCCCCACACUUGAAUCACACCCUCCAACCCUUCGCCGAACCAGCCCUCCCACUCCCCACCUCCACCUACUUCUCAAAAGUCUGGUUGUACUCCAACUCCCGCCUCCCACCGCAUCUCCCACCCCUGAAACUCUACCUCCCAACCUAUCCCCUCCUCACCCUCGCGGCCCGCCACAGCCUGCUCGCCUACUCCCCACCCCCACCCUCCAACAUCAGCACGUCCCCAUCCACCACCACCCUCACUAGUCCUGCCGCUGCCCCCUACCUAAAAUCUUUCAUCCUCCGCACCGUCCCUGUCUCCACGUCCCCGCACACCCACACCGUCAUCCUCUCCAUCCGCGGUAGCGCCUCCUUCACCGACUGGUCUAUCAACCUCCACACCACCCCGCAACCCCCUCUCCCCCUCCUCGACGACCCGGGCAACCUCACCCACGGCGGCUUCCUCGCCGUCGCCGUCGCCAUGCUCCCCUGCGUUGCCCGCCAUCUCACCACCCUCCUCGACGGCAUCCUCGCCGCGGACCUGUCCCGUCAGCGCGACGGCCGCCACCGUCCCCCAAAAAUCACCCUCCUCCUCACCGGCCACUCUGCCGGCGGCGCCAUCGCCUCCCUCCUCUACGCCCACCUAGGAACCACCACCCCCGCCUGCACCUCUCCCCUCCGCACCCUCCGCUCCCGCUUCCGCCGCAUCCACUGCAUCACCUUCGGCGCCCCGCCCAUCACCCUCCUCCCGCUUCGCAAGCCGUCACCUCCUCCCGCAAACGGGCGCGACGACACGGCCGCAUCGAACCCCGACUGGCGCUCCUCCCUCUUCUUCUCCUUCGUCAACGAGGGCGACCCCGUCGCACGCGCCGAUCCCGCCGUUGUCCGCUCGCUGCUGAAGCUGUACGCAUCAUCACCACCGCCGCAGACGAUGGCGGCGGCGGGGUCGGCGCCGCGGUGGGAGGUGCCGCCAGGGAUGCUGAGCUGCGCGGGGCGGAUCGUGCUGUUGCGGGGGUAUCAUCCGCAGAAGGGUGGAAGGGCGAAGAAGGGGAGGCGGGUGGGAAAGCGAUCUGGGGUUAACGAGCAAUGA